AUGAUUGAAUUACGCCAUCAUUGCCCUCAUCUCCCAACCAGGCCCUUUGAAAUGAAUGAGAAGCCAUGUCUCCUUUCUGAGUAUACGGAAAAAUACCCCCUUUAUCCCAACGUUCUACCUAGGGAAUCCUGCAAACCCAAAGCGGAGUACAACAAGCAGCCAGUGCCAAUGGAAGGCCUUUCAACAACCAAGAGAGAUUACAUCCCUCAUGAAGUGUUCCGUAUUAAACAGAAACCUCCUGAUAAAUAUGUCAAGAAAGAUGAAUGCAUGGACCUACAGUCUACAUAUAGACAAGACUAUAACCCAUACUCCGUAAGUCGAGUGCCUCCUUGCUUGCCCCAGGAACAAAACUACUCUUCUGCUGAGAAAAUGACCUCAAUUCCGACAUAUAAAAGUGAUUACGUGGCAUGGAAUCAGCCUAAAAGAGAGAUGAUUAAGCCAGAUACCAGUUACCACCCGUCAGAAAAAAAAUUUGAUCACAGGACCACUAACCAGGAUGAGUACCAGUACAAGGGUCUGGUCACCACCAAGAACUAUAAGCCUUUAAGGCCUCCUCACAUCUCAAAGUUUCCCUUGGAGAGCAUGACCAAUUAUAAGUUGAAUUAUGUGGCUCACCCCAUACCAAAACGCUUUGUCCAUACACAGAAGCCAUUCAAGGGCUGCGAUGUCCCAUUUGACGGUCUCACCACCCACAAAUUUUCUUACAAAGGAUUAGCAGGACAGCCAGCAAAGUCCAUGAAACCAGAUUAUACCAGGCCAGAUCUGGGCAAUUUUGAGGGUACAACUGAAUUCAAGGAGAAGUACCAAGCAUGGCCAGUAUCGGCCCCCUUCUCCAGAAAGCCGGCGGUUUACACUCCUCCUAAAGAGAAGAUGGACCUCCAGACAUCAGUGCAGAUUCACUAUGGAAAUCCUAAUGGGCGCCCAGCAACAUCCUGUAAGCCCUUGGCCCGGGUUACCGAAUACACAGAGCCAUUUGACCACUGCUCCACUACGAAGGACGACUUCAAGCAUUGGCGCUCCGAAAGACCCAAGCCCAUUCUGCCUCAUCCAGCGAUCACCUUGCCAACUGAGCCCAUGGACCUGACGACCUCCUUCCAGACCCAUUACAUUCCUCACCCGCUCCCUUCCACAAAGAGCUUCCGGCCCCACUUGCCAGUGGCCAGACAUCAUGAGCCAUUUGCUGACACAACCACCUAUGCCACAAGUUACACGGCAAAGGAAGUGCGUAUAUGUCCCGCCUCUUUCAAAGAGCCACCUGGUUACCGUUUUGAUAAGAUUGAUGAAGGUGGCCACAGGCGGUUCCGACCGGCAACUGGGAUGCAACCCCGACGUUCAUCAAGCUCAACGCUUGCUGACUAUAGAGGUCGCCCCGGCAGCCGGCUAAGUCAAGCAGUGCUCCAAGAUGUAGCGCUGAAAGCCUGA